CAAAUCCAAACGCAGUCACAAAUCAAAGUAUCAAACACCAAACAGAACGCGCUCUCUCUCCUCAUAGCUUCGAUCAUCUGCUUCGAUGGCCAACGUGCUUGAAUCCCUCACCGUGCCUCGCGCCUCCACUAUGCCUUCCCCUACUCUCUCUCCGAUCGUCGCCUCUUCGUUCUCUUCGCUCUCCGCCCGUAGAUUGCCCCGCUUCAGAGGCCUCAAGUUCAGACCUAGUUUCGUGACUCGCUCUUUUGGGUCAGUGACUCGAAUCCCUAGUUCGGGUCCGAGGCUCGAUGGUCGCGGUGGCCUAGUCGUGUGCGAGGCUCAGGAUAAUGCCGUUGAACGCAUGCUUUGGGAAAUUGCACUGUCUGUUGUUGCGGACGCAGAUUGGCAGUCACUUGUGCUCGACUCUGAGUCCCCUUUUCUGGUUGAAUUUUGGGCCCCUUGGUGUGGGCCAUGCCGUAUGAUCCAUCCCAUCAUUGAUGAACUGGCAAAGCAGUAUGCUGGGAAGCUCAAAUGCUACAAAGUAAAUACCGAUGAGAGCCCUUCAGUUGCAACACGUUAUGGCAUUAGAAGCAUCCCAACAGUCAUAAUCUUCAAGAAUGGUGAGAAAAAGGAUGCAGUUAUAGGUGCUGUUCCCAAAUCCACAUUGACUACUAGUAUAGAGAAAUUCUUGUAGAGUUGGUAAGUAAAGAUGCCUUAAUUGGAAUGGAGCUGCCUUGUAGUAUUUAUUUCUUUGCUUCUUAGCUUCUGAUCUCUCAAGAUUGGAUGCUGGAUGCUUUGCUUCCACAAUAAACUCAUAUUGACUCUCAUGUAUAUCAAUCAGAUGCAGCUGUAUUUUCUGUUACCUUAAUAGAAUGUACUUACAAAUAUACUUGUUUGAAAUGGCUA